UGGGCGGAGGGAGCGCUGUAGCGCCCGGUGCCGUCCCCGCCAUGGCGGACCUGGGCCGGCAGCUGCACGAGUACCUCGCGCAGUCCAAGGCCGCUGCUGCCGCCACCGGCCCCAGCGCGGUCCCCGCAGCGCCGGCGGCCGGCGGCUCGCAGGAGGAGGCGGGGGACGGCGGCGGGCUGCGGGCCUGGCUGGGGGCGCUGAACCCGUUCCCGCCGGGCAGUGCCCCGGGCGCCACGGUGUGGCCUUGGACGGGAGAGGAGGACCCGUGGCUGCCGGGGCUGUCGCGCUGGCAGCGGCUGGCGGGCAGCGGGCUAUGCGUGCUUCUGGCCGCGCUGUGCUUCGGGCUGGCCGGGCUGUGCGUGCCGCUGCUGCUGCUGCGCGCCCGCAAGUUCGCGCUGCUCUGGUCGCUGGGCUCGCUGUGCGCGCUGGGCGCCGCCGCGCUGCUCCGCGGGCCCGCCCGCCUGCUGCGGGAGCCCGGCCGCGGGGCGCUGCUCUACCUCGGCGCGCUCUUCGGGACGCUGUACGCCGCGCUGGCGCUGCGCAGCACCGCGCUCACCGCGCUGGGCGCCGCCGCGCAGCUCGGCAUCGCCGCCACCGCGCUCCUGGCCGCGCUGCCCGGAGGUGCCGCCGGCCUGCGCCGCCUGGCCGGGCUGCUCCGCGCCGCCGUGUGCGGCCGAGGCAAGGCGGCGCUGCCGCUGUGA